UCGAUAUUCUAUUCAACUAAGUUGUGUUUUAAGUAAUCAUAUAUUUUUACGGAAAUAUCAAACAAAUUCUUGUGCUAUAGUACGUUUUUGUGGUGAAGUGGAUAUUUGAUAAUAAUUUAUGGAUACCAAGGGCAAUAAAACGUGUGUAAACAACCUCAUUUUCUCAUCAAUGAGUAACCAUAAUACGAAUAUCACAAUGGAACUAUUGAAUACACGUUAAUUGUGCAAAGUACAUAUUUUGAGCGCCCAUACACGCGGGUUAAUGGUUUUACGAGGGCAAGUUUGUUUUCCAACAUCAGAUGAAGGGAUGGCUUCGGACCAACCUGUCAAGAAAAAACAGAGAAUUGAUGGUCCCGAUAUCGAUGAUGGAAGCGACAGAUCUGCGGAGGAUAUUCUCACGGAUAUAUAUGAUUCGGAGACUCCGCCUGUCGAUACAUCAGGCGAUUACACGACGAGAAACGGCGAGUCACCUGACAGUGGUACUGUAAGUGAAGACGCAGUUGAUUGUUCUGCCAUAUUGAGGCUUCCAAGUGAAAUCAACAUUGGCACAAAUCCCUCCAGUUCAAAUAAUGUAGCACUAUGGACAGCUGCCGAUGAUAAACUCCUUACUGAGUUACGUAUACUUCAGAAUGCUUUAGUUGGACAAUGUUUGUGUGGUUUUAAUGAAACAUCCCUGUCUCAGCUGUUUGACAGAAGAUUACAUAUAGCAUCCUGGCCGUUGACUUGUUCUCUAACAUACCUUUCUACAAUGCAGCUUAUGUUUGACAUUUAUUUAAAGCAAAACAAUACUGGUACAAUAUGUUCAAGAUUGAUGUAUGCGUGUGACAUAUUUGUAAGGAAUAGACACGAUUGGAUCACAGAGGUUGUGGAAUUAUCGGAAAACAAAAGUAAGUUUAUAACAUUUGUAGCGUGUAGAGUAUUGGCUAGCUUUUUAAUAGUUUCAAAAGAUACCGUUGAUGAGAAUUGGUUGCAGCAGAUCACAGAGAACAUAUACCUCUUUGAUAGAAUAAAUAGGAUAACAGUACAAAAAAUUAACUUCAGCUUAGAUAUAAUUAAGAGGAUAGUUGAGUGGAAAGACGUUGAGCAACACCCAUUGGAAGAGAGUAGUUAUGUAAAUACAGCGGGAAAUAUGCAGGUUCAGGAAGACAAUCCGUUUAGAAGUGGUCCUAGUUGUGGUAGCAGUAGUAACAGUUCACAAAUGCCUUCUAGUUCUAAUUCACGUAGUGAUAAUUUACAUAGUGCUUUUUCGAACUUACAAACCCAUAGUGCACCAUCAACUUCAUCGGGUGAAAAGUCUGAUAACAGUAAGCCAUCUCAAUUUAAACUUAGCGAGCCGGUUCUUAAGUUUACCUCUGAACAAACAAUCAGUGGGAUGGAGCAAUCUGAGUCCCCUGAACCUCCUCAGUCUAGGAUAGAAAGAGUAAAUGAACAUGGAUGCAUAACUGUAAUAUUAACUGACUCGGAAUCCUUUGACACAUCUCAUAUAAAAUGUUUAACGAUAAAAACUUUAGAGCAUCACUGGCCGAUUUUAGUUAAAAACAUGAAGCUGCUUCUACUAAGGUACCUGAAUUUAUCUAAUGCUGAAAAUUGUAUAUUAACUUUUUUUUCUCUGUGGGAAAACAUUAUUAGUGUUAAAGCGAAUCUCUCAGUAAUAGAUACUAAACCAUUUUAUGCAGAUUUGCAGGGCUUUGUUGAUUUACUGCGUAAUACAAUGUUGCCAAGUUUAAUUUAUACCCAUAUACUUAGUUUAUUUAAUGAAGUGCUUUGUUAUGGGUCAACAUUAGCUCUUCAAGAUAUAUUGCCAGAAGAAAUAUGUUGCCUCGCUCACUCCAUUGUACGAUAUGUUAAAGAUUUUCGUCUCCUCAGUGAAGUUAGAGUCCAAAGUAGUAGAAGUGGCUUUGGUUUUCUAGGUCACGAUUGUACAGUGAUAACAGAUUAUUCACUAGGAUCAGAAGUCGCUCCUUUAUCAUCUUCGAUACAAUUAGUCGAUCAGAGUUAUGGAGAGGAAGAUAAUGAAGAAAAUGCACAGGCACGUAACGAAGUUGACAAAACGAUGUUACAAAGAAUGUCUUUAUUAGUUCUUAAAUCUGUAGCAGUUACUGUUAAAGAAAUGCGUUGCGAUUCAUCAGAUAGUUCCAUAGAUUCCUCAGAUUAUAAUGCUAUUCAAGACAUGCAAAUUGUGGAGAGAUCUAUUCGUGAUGUUUUGAAAAAAUUGGAUGUGUUUAUAAGGAAUCGUUUCGAAUUUCAUCCUGAGACACCAUUUACAAAAAUGUUGAUACAUUUAUUUAGCGAGCAAGAUGACUAUUUGAUAGAAUCAAUGGUAUGUACAUUAGAUAUAACAGUCGGCAUUGUUUAUAGGAAUUCUAUGUAUCCAGACUUGAUUCCCAUGUUGAAUCCAAUUAUGUCAUUUAUUGAAUUCCUCAAAGUCGUUUCCCACGACAGCGAUGUUCUAUUGGAUUAUCUUGUGAGUAAUGAAACAUGUUUCCUGCUGUAUUUGCUCAGAUUUUUGAAAUAUGUAAGACGUAAUUGGCCCAAGUUCCUUGAGACAUGUCAACAGGCGGACUCUGGAGGCACAAGAGGCCUAGAUGAUACAAUGAGAGUAUUGAUAAGGUUACGUCUGCAAAUCAGUAGGUUAGUGUCUAAGUCGUUGUUCCCAUACAACAUAAGUCCUGUACUUAGACUGCUGGAGGUCUGUGAGAGCCUCUAUGAGGGUAAUGAAUUUAGCUGAAUAAAUAUAUCCUGUCAAAUUUCAUCAAUGGUACAAAAACUUUCUUUCUUCUAUUUUAAAUUUUUAAUGUAUAUAGUUAAGACAAAAAUAAUUUAACGUUAGAAUCUAUGUUAAUUUAAAAUAUAAUAAUUUCAUUUUUAAUGAGAUCAUUGUAAUAUCUUUUUACUUUUAUAUAAAAAUUUCACAAAGACUGUCGGCAUAGGUAACAUUCCAGAGCUUGUUAAUUGGUUUAGAUAUAGUUUAAUUACUAAUUAGUUAUGGUUUAAUUAAUUUAUAUUAACUAUAAUGUUGUAAUUUUCGUAAUAAUUUUAACUAUUUUUGUACACUCAACGAAAGUCUUCCCAAAUUAUUUGAAAUGUAUGAAUUUUAUAAGGCAUUUUAUUGAAUUAUAUUAUUUCAAAAAUAAUUUAGCUGUGUUUGAAGAGUUGUUAUUAAUAUACUGUGUAUCCUUCAUUUGUUUUUUUGAGGACAUUCGUAGAUAAUAUCUAAAAAAAAAUAUCACAUUCAAUUACAUUAUUAGUAGCCCAGUGUUUUUGCACCGGCAUGCUAUGUAUACACAGUCGUUCUUACACCAUACGUGAUCAAGAAAAAUUGUGAGUUUUUAUAACAGAUUAAAAAAAAAACUUUGCCAAUUUGUAAUCAUUUGUAAAAAAAAAAAAGUGCCUUAAUGUAAACUAUGGUGCUUUCAUCUCCAUUUACUGAAUUACUGUAAUUAUAAAACCAAUUUAAUCGUGUACAAUACGUUCGUAUUAAAUUAAUUUAUGGUAUAUUAGUUUUUUUUAUUAUUAUGUAGGAUUAAAUUAUUUUUAUACAUUUGUAUAUUAGUAGCGUUAAUGCAUAUGAAAUGCGGGUUUUAUUUUUUUUUUUGUCUACUAAAUUAUAUUCCUUGUCACAAUUGUAAAUAUAUAGCCAUCAAUUACCAUUUAAUGAGUAAAUGUAAUCAGUAUUAAAAACAUUAUUAUAAUUUAUACGAGUAUACUUAUAGUUUAUCACAAUAGAAUUUUUUCGUGGGUGAAACAAAAAUUUGAAUUACGAACAUAACCUAAAUACAACGAAAUCGCGAUUUUUUUUUAAAGUUUAUGUAAACGAAAAUCAAAACUAUUCGUACCAGUUUCUAAUUGACCUAAAUUAAAUUCGAUAGUAAUAUGUUUUAAUAAAAAAUGGUUUCAUGUAUAGAAAAAGUUCUAUUAAAAUAAUCUAUGCAUUAUUAUUAUUAAAAAAUCACUUGGUUUAUUCGUGAUAUACAAAUUAUAAAUAAAAUGCUUUAAAAUUAACAUUGAUGUUUCAGAAGGUGAAUGGUAAAAUUAAAAAAAAAAUUUUUGAUUUGCGAACGAAUUUACCAAGUAAAAAUGUAAUUUUUUGACUAUCAUCUAUAACUAACUUUUUAGUCCCUACUGAUUAAACCUCAGACUGUUAUGUAGAUGUUUAUGUCAAUAUUGUUUUAUAAAUAAGUUUCUAUUUUGUUAAUAUACUUUGAUAAAAGCGGAAAGUGAAUCUCAUAUAAAAUGUCCAUACAGAAAUAUGAAUACAAAAAAACAUGAUUUAUUUGCUAUCUUAACACAUACAAUACUGAAAAUUUAAUUAUUUACUUACUUUUUUUUAAACAUUUUAAAGUUAUAUCUCUUGCCAAUUAUAUUUUUAAUGUAAUAUUCGAAAAAAAAAAUAUGUUUUCUUUUUUCAAAUAUUCCCAUAAAUAAUCUAAUUUAAUAAAUGAUUAUUUUAUCGAUGCCAAAUUAAGUACAGCAUGAAGUAAGUCAUAUUAGUUAAAACACUUUGGUUAUAUUCAAAUAUGUUUUAUUGUUUAGUAGCUCAUUUUUAUUAUAAGUCAGAUUAAAUUUCGAGCGGAUGUCAUCACUCUGCCACAAUCCAGCCAUUGUUAAUGUAACAUCCAAGUCUUCCGUUGAAUAAUUAAAAAAAAAAACUCCAUGUUAUGUGUGAAACAAAAGGCAUCUGAAUAGUUAAGAUAAUACAUUGUUAAUGAUAGUAAUGGUAAUUUAAUAUAACAAUAAAACGAAAUAUUUUUGUACA